CAUCCCAUCCCGUCCUUCCCAGUGCCUGGGUUACAAUGACCGCCACGGCCACCUCCGGCAGCACCCACAAGCUGGCCAGCACCAUGGAGGAGAGGAAGUUACGGAAACCCCUCAUUGAGCGGAAACGAAGGGAAAGGAUUAAUAACUGCUUGGACCAGCUGAAGGAGACAGUUGUGGGUGCAUUUCACUUGGAUCAGUCUAAACUGGAAAAAGCAGACAUCCUCGAAAUGACUGUGAAGCACCUCCAGAACAUCCAGAGCAGCAAGCUGAUGGCUGACUCCAAAGUGGGUCUGGAAGCCCAGCAGCGGUACAGCACCGGGUACAUCCAGUGCAUGCACGAGGUGCACAACCUCCUCCUCACCUGUGAGUGGAUGGACAAGACCCUCGGGGCGCGCCUCUUGAACCAUCUGCUCAAAUCCUUGCCCAGGUCGGGUGAAGAUGCCUGCAAAGCAGCAUUAAGGUCUUUGAGCCCAACCCAGCACCCUCUCUUGACACCAAAAGGCCCCCCGAGCCCUAAGGGGAGCACACGGGGCACAAACCCAUCACAGGAGCAUUUCUAUGCUGUGGAGAACAAGCAGGCUUCCAAAAACUCCUUCCAGCUGCCACUGCUGUCUGCUUUCAGCCAGGCUGAUGCUGCACCUCCCAGACAGGUCCUGCAGCCCAAUUUUUCCCAUAACAACCCUAGAAUGGGGUCAUUAGAUAUGUGGAGACCAUGGUAAAGUGAGUUUUAAAACGUUCAUCCUAACCUUAGACACUCUUACGUAUGUAUCUUAUAGAUAUGUUUCUUUAAAACACUUGUGGAGCAAGUCUGUUCCUGUAGGUGUACUAAAGACCAGGGUACUUCAAGCCGAAGUAAACCUAUGUGUAGCCUGCAUUGUAGAAGGCUGCUAUUAUUGUUUUAUUUAUUUAAUACAUCUAAAUUAUUGUAUAGAAUCCUCUUGUGCUCUUUAGUGUAUAUCGAUUAUACAGCUUGCUUACAUCCUUAAAAUAAACUUCCUAUUAAUAAUGAUACAAUAAUAAAAGACAACAAGCAAUGAGACUCUCUGGCAUCAAGCUUAGCUCUCAGGUCUCACAUAAGCCACUGAGAUCACUGUGUUGGAUGAAGGUGGAAAUUGCCCAUGUCUUCUCCUUUUUAAUUUUACUAUUAUCUCAGUGCAGGUGAAGGAGAUGCUGGUUCUGAUUCCUGUAAGAACACUGCUGUGAUUAGAAAUAGAGAAAGGGAGAUACUAUGGACCAUUAGGGCUGUUUAGAAAUGCUCUCUGGAUUGCUUACUCUGGCCUUGCUCUUCCCAAACCCAGACAUCCUGACAUGAUGGUUAAACCAGUGAGCUGCGUGUAUAUAUGUAUGUAACACAUAGUUAUAUUUAGGGAUUAUUUCUUUUGUCUCCAGAACUGAAAGUUCUAAAUCAACUUUUGGAAGAUAACAACUGA